AUGCGUUUCCACCUUGUCAUCUCACGCCACGGCUUGCCCGUCACGCGCAUCCUAUGGACAACCACCUCUCCGGCCUCCGCAACAGGCGGGUAUGGCACGCAAACCGCAGCAUCCACCUCGGCUAUUUCGUCAGCUCGCAAUCCAAACAUCGCAUUUGCAAAUGGCGGGUACACGGUUGCGCAACUCCUGGAAGAUGUGAACGAGGUUGUCCCGCUCGAGACAGGGCCGUCUCUGUUCGACGCGGAGUCCUCCGGACAAUGGGGACUGGAAGAUUAUGUUGUUGAGAUAGGUGGCUCGGAAUGUUUGCAUUUCAUGGAGGUGGAGGGUUUGUUUCGGGAGGGUGAUGAGGUUAUUAUCCGAGCGCUCCAACUUUCAGAUCUACGAGCAAGGCGCUUAUGCGGGCGCCACCAGAUUUCGAAUGAUGGCAAGCAUCUCAUCGACGGUGUCCCCUUCGGGUCUCCAUACCUGAGACGGACAACUUCCGCUCGACCUGUCAUAAAUAUCCCCCCGCGAAAGAAACGGCGCACGGUUUUCUCGGGCUGGGAGUCCGAUCAUGCCCCGCAGUAUCUGCCCCAUGAGAUUCACACGGAUGCAGACGAAGAAAGCGCAGAUCGCGACUGGCGGCCAGCGGGCGAGUCGAGUUUUGGCAAGGAACUCUCCGUCAUACCCGCCGAGCAUGAAUCAUCUGAUAUGGGGACUGUGAUCCGGCAUCCUAUCCACGACGACGAUGAGAGCGACCGCGACUCUGAUUUUAACGAAGAGGAAUUGGAGAACGAGCUUCAAGCUUUGAAGGAAGACUUCGAAGGACCUGCGUCUCAAUUUAGCAAUGUUGAAAGCCAGGAUCGACCUGUUAGUGGGCAUGCCUUGCGCUCGAGCUCGGCAUCCAAGAGACCCUCCUCGGCGGAGACGCAGCGCAGGAGUUCACUGCGACCAACAUCGUCUCUUUCUAACAAGCAAUUCCAUGGAGAAGAUACCUCGCCGCGCACAUCCAAAGCUGUGCGAUUUAACGGAGGGGGUGGCACAUCGAGCGAUCUGCCUCAGCCUAAUGGGGCAACUGAUCGCAAAUCUCCCAUCUCCGAAUCCUCUGCGUCCUCGUCCAGCGACUCCAGCGACUCUUCCGAUGCUGACUCUUCCGACGAAGAAGAUUCUGACUCUGAUUCAUCCAGUGACUCGGAUGGCUCUAGCUCAGAGGCGUCUAGCUCAGAGGAAUCGGAAGGGAUCGAGGGUACUCCGCCUGCAAAGAAGGCGAGACUCUCGAUUCUCAACCCACCUGGCCAUGGAUCAGUGCGAACUCGAAAAAGCAAUACUCGUUACAAGCUUCGUCGCCGUCUAUCAAAAUUGAAGGAGCUCGGUAUUCUGUCCACGGAUGCAGAUUUUGCCGCGUUACGCGAGUGGGAGCAAGCCAACGGAGGGUGGUACUUGCCCGUCGAGUCGAGCGAUGUGUCCCGGCCUUUGAGCAAGGAGCAGAAAAAGGAACAAGCCGAGGCAGAGUUCGAGGCUCGGCGUCAGAAACUGCUCCGGGAUCUUGCGGCUGGUGGCGUUGAGGUAGACGGGUCGUCGGAAAAAGAGAAUGUCCCUCCCCGGCAAUCUGUCGCUGUCGCUGAUGAAGAGGUACCUGCCAAUGGAAAAGCGGCCGAAGAAAGAUCCCCGGCGACUCGUCGCACACUGGACAUUGCAAGCUCUCGUCGAAUGCUCUUUGGGUCUCUCGGGGUACGCACGCCCAAGAACAAGGAAGAAGACGAGGCAGCGAGACGCAAAUUCGCUGCCCAAGCUAGUACCGUCCAUUCUCGGAAGAAGAAAGAAGAGAAACCACCCAUCGAGGAAGAGAGUGAGUCGGAUAUAGACUGGCAAGAAAAGCUGGUCAUCCGUGCAACCGAGUGUGUUUUUGAAGAUGUCGAACUGAGUGGGCCGCCGUUUCCGUUCAAGCAACGCUGGGAUGCGGAUGCUAAUGCGAUGAUUCGGGAGCUCAAAGGCGGGGGCAAGAAGCGGAAAAGAAAGCAGCGAAUCCAGGUUUACAACAACGGUGGUCAGGAAGAUGAGUACGACGAUGGGAAUGCCCAUUACGAGGCUUACUUUGAAGGCGAUCAUCAACUCAAUUAUGAUGAUGCCGAGCCAGAAAUGACGGAGACAGACCCCAAGGAGAAUGUUGAAGAUCUCCCAGCUCUUCCAAGCGACAUGACCUCUCUUCCCCAUCUUGAGCCAAGCGAUGUGAAAGUCGGAGUCAUCAUUGCCUUCCGGCAACUUGACAUGUCGAAAGCCACAAACUGGCAACCACGAAUGUCUGAGUAUCGAGUCGCCGAAGUCCACGAAGUGGGUGAUCAUGACAUGAUCAAAGUACGACUUGCGCAACGCGAUCGGAAACCCAAGCCCGUCGAAAUGGACAUGGACGAUGAGCCCCGCCGGUACAGCGGGUUCGAAAUGCCGGGAUAUGACGACGACGAAGAGGAGGAUGAUGGAUUCCGGGAGCUUGCCUUUCCAGAACUCAGCGAUCCCAAGCUUCUCCAGCCUGCGAAUUUGCAUGGCCAGGAGGAUAGCGUUCUUGUAUCUGUAGUUGAAGAUUCUAUGCCGAGUGCCCAGCCUGCUUCGGGUCUGGCUGGAAUGGACGUCGAUGAGGAUACGCUUGUCACCGACAGCGGACAACCACUCUCCCCACCUAAUCUUGCGCCACCAUCUGAACAACCCUCGGCUCCUCCUCAAACAAACGGAACCGAUGACCGUAGUCAGAGUUCACGGGUAUCAUCGCCCGCUUUUCUCGGAUUUCCUCUCCCCCUGGUGGAAGUGCACUCCUCGCAGCGCUCAAUUUCAGGACAUGAUCCGGCUGAGGCAAGCAUGCUUGAUGGGCAAACUCUUAUCGGAGAGGCGCAUCUAGCUCCGGCAGACAGUUCCAACCAGGAAAUAUCAUUUUUGUCAAACGGGCAGUCAGGCGAACUUGAUGCCCAGGUCGACGAUCGGGGAGUCGUUCAUCCUUUGGAGAUGCAGUCGUCUCAGGUUGAGUACUACGAUGCAGCUCUGAGCGCGUCUCAGGCUGAGCUUGGGGCAUCACAAAGCAGUCUACGGUCGAGGCCGUGGGAGACGUCUCUGAGGUCGUUGAGGAACGCGACCGACUCUGAGGAACUUGGGGAUGAGGAGGAUCGAGAUGGCCUCAACCUCUCACCAAACCCAUCAACCGAGACAAAAACAACCCCAUCCAAGCGCAAAUCCCCACCAAGCGGCCAAAAAGAUACUCCCACGCCCUCUCAACGUCUCCCGAAUCUCGACGUCGACUCGCCGGCAGCCUCCACCCGCUCUCGAUCCAGGCGUUCUCUUCGUUCCCGCGAAUCCCGAAACUCUCAGGUCCAACCAUCGCAGGCGUCUGUCGAAAUUGACCUAACCUUAUCGUCCAGUCCACCACCAGGGAACUCACAGCAGUCCCAGUCACAACCAAAUAGCAAUGAGGAUGGCGGGUCUCAGUCGUCGAGACGGCGCACCAGGACGUCGGGCAAAGUGCGGCGGUUGUCAUCCGGUUAG